ACAAAAACAAACUCUUAACAGAACGAAACAGAAAAAGGAAAAAGAGAAAACACAAACCAACCAUGAGAACUCAACGGCCUCACUGUCUCCUCUUCCUUUUCCUUCUCUGCUUGCUAGCCACAUUCUCGAACCUCCACCGGACAGUCACCGCAGUUAACGAUGCCGAAUCUCCCGCUGCACCCGCAGUUGACGACGGCGAUACAACCUUCAUCCGAACGAGCUGCAACAACACGCUCUACCCGGACGUUUGCUACUCCUCCCUCUCUCGCUACGCCAAUGCGGUCCAGCAGGAUCCCGGCCAGCUCGCUCGCGUCGCUAUCGCCGUCACACUCUCCAAGGUCCACCGCACUGCCUCCUACGUCUCCAACCUCACUCGCGAGGCCGACUACACCGCCGAUUCGCGCGCAACCUCCGCGCUUCACGACUGUUUCACGAAUCUCGGUGACGCCGUCGACGAAAUUCGCGGUUCGCUGAAGCAGAUGCGGCAAAUUGGAGCCGCCGGAACCGGCGCCGGCUCGUUCCUGUUCCAGAUGAGCAACGUACAGACGUGGAUGAGCGCCGCACUCACCGACGAAGAGACUUGUACGGACGGAUUCCAGGAUGUGGCGGAGUGUCCGGUUAAGGCGGACGUGUGCGACCGCGUCACGAAGGUGAAGAAGUUCACGAGCAACGCUUUGGCUCUCGUCAAUACCUACGCAAACAAGGGAGCACCGUGAUUUCCGGACUACGAUUUCAACCGUUUUGAUUACUUUGAAA